AUGACGGACUUUGCGUGCUUGACAGAGGAGUUAGACGAUGAAGAAGCCAAGAACAAACCGGUGACGAAGAUUUCGGGCUUUCUCUUUAGUACGCUGAUCGCUGGUCGGUCCAUGUGCCGCCUGACGGGGACUAACCGCGCAACCUCGCCAGUUACGCGAGACGCCACGUACAAGGAGCUAGAGCUGGAUCUCAAUGGCGAGUCCGGCUCGCCCGAUAAAAUGCUGCAGAGCACCACGAGUUUUUUUUUUAAUCCGACGCACGAGUGCGUAUCCGACACUGCCGAGGUGCUGGAAUCCAAUUAUCCUGAACCGAUACGGGAGCGGAACUCUAUCGAUCCAACGAGGCCUCCAGAAUACGGCUUUCUCACGGUCCGAGAGGGAACGGAGCUUCGACUCGAAGGUUCCGCGAACCCAGGAAACAACACUUACCGAGCGCUUUAUAACCACGUCGCUAUGGCCGAUUCCAUGGACGUCGUUGUUCCUGGGUAUGGAAUUUGCCGGCUAACACUAAAAGCCGACGAUCGGAUGGGGCAGUUCGUUCAAGACGCUCCAAAUCAUCAGCCAGAACGCUCUCGUCGCCUUCGUGAGCUCAGUUUGGCGAUCUCUGGCAUGGGAAGCGAGAUAUUGGUGCGGGACUUGCUGGGGCUGAUCGGUAGGGGACUUCGAGAGCUCCGAUUAAACUUUUGGGGAGACUACGGGCCAACUCUUAAGCUCGCCGAUGUGGCUGCAGUUUGUCCGGAACUUGAAGAGCUCCAGCUCAUCGGCUUUGAUACUAGCGCCGUGCCCACUCAAGCGCUGUGCGACUGGGGCCUUAAGCAGUUGUCAAUUGGCAAGAGCAACUUCUUGAACGGUCUACCGGAGUGUUUGGAAGACCCCGACUGCCGGAUGUCCCGCGAGUUGCUGAAGAUAAAUGACUGUUAUGGCUACAGGGUGUCCGCGGCCAUUGAGGCUCUGAAAGCGCUCGACAAGGAGCCCCUCUCACUUGUAAAGGAAAUGUUCCCACUACCCUCAAAGACGGUGAUGAUAAGUGCAGUGAUGAGCGGUGACGCAGUAAAUGGCCAGCCCAAGGCGCUUCACCGUCUCGACUCCGUCCUUCUGGGUUUGAAUUUCCGGUUUGCAGCGACGCCCAAGCAGCGGACAGUUGAAGUGCGAGGCACGUGGACCCUUGACUUGGCCAUGCCAGAGGAUAUUGUUGUGAAUGAGGGACUGGAGGCCCUGGCAACGAGUCUACAGAGCGAGCGCAAGUGGCGGAAUGUCCAAACCGUGUUGCCCGAGUCUUUCGGUCUGGUGGCGCGUGUGCUGGAAGAUCAGGCUCGGUUGAUUCACAAGCUUCAGCUUCGCAUCGACAACUUGGAGCGUGCUCAGGCGACGGCUGUUAGUUCAGAUCUUGCCAUGGCAUUGGAGGAGCGCGUCCGUGUAGAUGCGAAGCGUCGAACGGCCAGGCUGCGCAAAGAGCUCUCUGUGGGCUUGGAGCAGCAACAAACAGCGCUACAAAGUGCCAAAGAGGAGUUCACAGCCAAAACUCAGCACCAGGAAGAAGUGAAUACAAAGAAAUGUUUGCUGGUCGAGCAAAGCUUGGAGCAGCUACGAUGCAAGACGGAGGAGCGCAUGGCUCAGUUGACAGACAGCAUGCAGGACCAGCUAAAGAGUCUGGAGUUGCAAUUCAAGUCUUCGCAUAUUCAGGAUACAGAAACGUUCGCAAAGCUGCGGCAAGAUAUGGCCCAGAAGGUGGAGAGCUUGGAAUGCAAGCUAAUGGAGAGUGAAAGGAUACGAGAAGCUGCUGCUGCUGUUCCAGUCGUCAAGGAGGUAGCUCUUUCGCCAGAAUUGCAGGAAAGGGAGGAGGAUGCGAUACGAGAAGAUCUAGCACGUAUCUCCCAAGACGUCGAAGAAAUGGAGGCUCGGAUGCAGAAGGAGAUUGCUGGAUGUAGACAAGAAUUGCUGCUGGCCAUCGGCAAGAAGCUCUGCAAGAGCGACAUCACAAAGCUGCUAACUCGGAAGAUGGAUGCGAGUACGCCUGUCAGCUGCGUCUGA